ACUUGCAAUCACAAUACUACACACGAGUACGACUGACGAAUGACAGACAAAGAGGAUAAGAUUCAAUAGACAGCGAGUCAGCAAAGAAAUUUACAAGUUUAUAAGUCGCGACAGUGCGUGAAAAUAGAAAGUAGCUGGAAAUGUACUCGUAAACUUUUGAUUAAGUGUCUUAACUUAUCUAUGAAUUGGUGUUAGUUAAUCAGAUAAAAUUAUCAAUCCUAUUUAUUGUUUGAUUGCAAAAUUAUGAUUUGAUUGUAGCUGCCAGUAGACUUUCAACGCCUUUAAUAAGUCUUCAAACCAAUUACAAGAUUAAGGUAUUUUUCUGCUAUAGAAAUCUUCCAUAAUGAAACCAGGAGCGGCAACCCGAGAACAACGUUUAUCUAAUCUGCUAUCAAGAGAGGAGAACGAGUGUAUAUUUAGUCUUUUUGGAGCACGAUGCGAAUCCCUUGCAACCACAGUUGUUCAGGUAUUCGUAACAAGUGCCCCAGAACACUGUGACUGGACGAAACUCGACGCUGGUGUACUUUGCUUGGUCAAGGAUCAUCAGAAGAGAUCGUAUUACUUCAGACUAUACUGUCCUGACAGACGUUGUCUGGUGUGGGAACAUGAAGUGUACAACAGUAUGCAGUAUAAUGCACCAAGACCCUUCCUACAUACCUUUGAAGCGCAGGACUGCAUUGUUGCAUUCAACUUUGCAAAUGAAGAGGAGGCGAGUUGGUUCAGGACUAUCCUUCUGAACAAACUGGAAACCAAAAAGCAAAGAAGGGAAAAAAGACUUCGGAACUCAUAUCAUGCAAGAGAGCAACAGUACUCAAAACCACCAACUUACACUAGUAGUAAUGGAGUAGUUUCAUCAGGCAACAAAUACUCUGUGUCCAACCUUCACUUACAUUCUUCAGAAGGUACACCUAAUAAUAAAGAUGCGAAGAAGAACAAGAAAAAGGACAAUAAAAGAUUUACCAAAGCAGACAUUGGUAUUCCUAAAAACUUUCGCCAUAUCUCUCAUGUCGGCUGGGACAUCAACAAAGGUUUUGAUGCCAGCGUGAGCAACGAGGAGUGUCCGGAGAUGAAAGAGUUCUUUCAAAAGGCUGGGGUGUCUGCCAUUCAACUCCAGGACAGAGAAACUCGUGAUUUUAUCUACUCUUUCAUUCAGACUAAUGGAGGGUUGAAGAGGGUUGUCAAUGAACUCCAAAGUGACAAGGGGAAUGAUGUGGUGAGCAGGGACAACAGUUAUCACAGGGGAGCAAGACAUGAGAGGGAUGCACUGUCAGCUCCCCCUCCACUCCCAAUGCGUAACACACCCCUUCCGCCUAGCCACACGCCUACAGCCAGCAGGGCUGCACCUCAGCCCCCUCCUCCACCUUCACGGACCAUGCCAGCUCCCCCACCCCCUACCCAGACUCCUCCACCCCCUCCACCACCACUCAGAGCGUUGCCGCAGCAGCCACCCGCUCCAGGAAGUGGGGCUCCACCACCACCUCCCCCGCCCCCUAUGCUAGCAGCGGCUCUCCCUCCCCCACCUAUGCCACUGCCUGCGACCCCGGCCCCGGACAUGGACAACGUACCUGCAGCCUCUGAUCCACACUCCGCUCUCAUGGAGUCCAUCCGCUCAGGAAAAACUUUACGGAAAGUUGACGUGGAUGCUGAAAGUAGAAACAGCAAUGACUCAAGGGGCGAACUGCUUACCCAGAUAAGACAAGGAAUAUCGCUUCGUCCUGUUCAGCCGGUGGCCAAGCCUCCUUCAGGACCGCCAGAGAACAGCCUUGCAAGUGCCCUGGCUAUAGCUCUGGCCGAGCGAUCCCGCUUCAUCCACAGCGAGUCGAGCAGCUCCAGCGAGGAGGACGAGGACGAGGAUGAUGACGAGUGGGAGGACUGAUUCAGCGUUAAGAGUGCGCCUCUGCUGGGCCACUCGCUCAACCUCAGUCUCCCACGGUGACAGCAGUAACUAUCGACCUUCACGUAAUAUUGCAUUCAGGGCUCUUACCUUACAGAUUAUGAAAUUAACAAAAUGUAUUGAAUUACAGUAUUUAUUUUAUUGUGCAUGUAAUAUAAAUAAGGGUUGAUUUUCAAAGUGAUAUGAAAAUAAAUGGUAAACACAAAACUUACGAUGAAUUGCGUCUAGUGUAAUUUUACCUGGGCGAGUAAGUGGACAAAGACUUCAGACAUUAAGAUUAGGUGUGUGAUGACAUAGCUCAGAUCUAUGCUCCAGGAGAUAACAAUUUGAUUACUCCAGUUCCCUUCAUGUUAUACACCCAACUCCUUUAUUUACUCAGCAAGCAACUAAACAGACAAUUUUAGUAUUCUCUGCCCAUCCAUUCAUCUUGUAGAUAACUCUUAAAUUAUUCAUUGGGAAUGGCUAUAAACUUUGGUUCCUCCUAUAAAAUUUAUAACCAAUAUAAAAAAAUGGAUGUAAUUUUAUUUCUCAUGUUGAAAACAAAAUUGUUGUUUAAAAUUUUGUGAUAAUAUUACUCCGGUGGCCUUUGGUUUAAGUUUAAACACCAUGGCAAAAUUUGGUCCAGUGGCUUUAGCACAAGCGCUCAAGCACUGUCAAGACAGUUUUCAACCAAAUUCUUAAUUUUGGACAUGAACGACAACAGGUUCAAUGAGAUGAUCCAGUUCUUGUCUCAUGACAGUUGGGCUCUCUCAUUACAUCUUGUAAAACUAAUGGCUCCUCAAAACUUAUGGAACUGGAAUUUACUUUCUUUAAUUUUAAUAAUUCCAGCCUAACAUUUUCUGCUACAGCUAUGCACACAUAUUCAAUUACCAAACAAUAAAAAAUAUUCAAACACUUAAAGAACUUCUUAAAGUUUAAUAAUAUUUGAAAUAGUAAUCAACAAAAAAGUAAUAAUAACUUGAAAACAUGCUUAUGGUUAUACAACAUGCUUAAUCAAGUCAUGAUUCUAUUUUCAAUAUCUAAAGAAUAAAGUAAGUAGCUAUUCUCAUUAUGUCUACAAUUUUUGUGGAUGAAUAACCAGAAGCUCUAGUAUAUCAUGUUGCUUUAGGCUAGGUUCAGGAUAAUUAUAGGUGUAAAUGCCAUACCUGAAUGUGGACUCGAACAGGGGUGAUGGCUGAGAUACUAAUCUGUAACCAGGGACUGGAUGUUUGUGUCAAGGGCGGAUCCAGUCCUCAUUUUCGGAGGGGGCCACCUGAGUUUUAGUUUCUAUGAUCAUUGGUGUAACAAACAAUUUUGCAUUUUGAUACAACAAAAAAUAAAACUCAUACUUAAAGUUUAGCUCUAACGUCAAGUUAAUUUUAUUUUUUAUAAUUACAUUACAAGAGCAAAUAAGUAUUUUUUUCAAAUAGAAAUGCCCCUUUUCAAAAUCUCAGAAGGAGCCAUGGCCCCUCCACUGUAUCCACCACGGGUUUGUUUAAAUUUCUGCAACAUCGACUGGUUAGUUGGUCCAAAAAGGUUUAAAAUAAGUUGUAAAAGAAAUAUAUUCAUUAUAUACAGUAAUAGUUUAGAGCUUCUUCCUUCAUAACACGUUCUUCAUUGCAUAGAAAGAACACUUUGUAAAUAUUACUCUGUGAUCUUCAUUUUUAUGCACAAUGUCAAAGUCAGAAAUUUAUCUAUGUCAAUUUAGCGAUAGUUUCUUUUAAGCAGAACUGUUCCAUUGAGAAAUGGGCAACAGAAGAUUUUAACAGAUUGUAUGGUAUAUAUCAGUCAUAUCUGACCAAUCAUCUCGCCUUAUUUCCUUUGUAAUCGUGUGUUAAUUGCUAAAUUUAAAUAAUAACCGUUAUAAUUCAAUUCAGCCUUAUCGUUGUUUGAAUUAAUGUCCCAAAUUUGUCAGAUAUUUUCAUUUUAUAUAUUCCAUAGUAUGGUAUUAAAUGUAUCCAUUGUCUAUGGGGACAGCACUAAGAAUUGGUGUGAUAUGUAUGGUGAUUGGGAUAUAAAUAAAUAACUUAAUAUACAUGCAGAAAUUCAAUAGUUUUAUAAUUUUAACCAAUUGUAUAUAGUGUUUGACUUGUAAAGCUAAACGUUUGUCUAUGUGCUUCUUAAUAUAAUUUAACGUUGUGUAGUUUUAAAUGCUUGUAUCGAUAUUGGAGCAAAACUAAAUUGUUAUUUUUAAAUGAACGUAUUUUUAUAGAUAUGUUUUAGAAUCAUUAGUAUAAUAAAUGUGCUAUAUUUUAACCACUUCCAUCUGGUUUUUGAGUAUCUGUUGUUAUAUUGAUCAUAUUGCUUUAUUUUAGAUAACCUCUGCCACAAUGUAUCAAAGUUUACUAUGAAUAAACAUAUUAAAGAUUAAAGUAAACAUAUGCUUAGCUUUAAUAAUGUUAUAAAUUUCUGUUUCACAUAUUUAUAACAUGAGUACAUUUGCUUUAUUUAGUAUAUUUAGGUGGAAUACUUUCCUUUAUGUUGUUUACCUACAACUGAGUACAAGUAAAAAGUUACUUUAGUUUUGGAUUUUAUUGCUUUUAAUAACUUCCUAAUUAAUUAAUAUUUUUUAACAAUAAAACAAUAAGUGUUCUGGUUUAUGCAGCUUACAAAAAUUGUUUACACAAUUACAUCUUGAUUGUUACUCGAAUUUGGUCGUGUAAGGAAUGUUUGUGCGCUGUACGAACUCGAAAACUUAGAUGUUAGUUGUGAUUUCAGCCGUGUAAGCUUAAACUAACAUUUCUAUUUCAACUUCGAGUAUAGUUACCAAACUCGUUCUUAUAUUCAAACUUGUUUUGUGCAUAGCAAUUUUUUUUAAUUUUGACAAACUAGUGAAUGUAUAGAUAAUUAAUUAGUCCUAGAAACUAUAUCAAUUGUCUUAAUAAUUUACUUCUUAAAAUUUCACAAAGUUAUAUUCAUUGGACCAGUUCCAUAAUAUUUAUUUCAGUUAAAUAAAAAUAUGUAAAUAACUAUAUACCACUACUCUAUCCGACUUCACCAUUUGAUUUGUCAGCUCAAAAUAAGUAAGGGAUGUCAUAUAAAGUAGUACCAUCUUGCUUAGUAAACAUCUUCUAUUAAUUUUUUUAUAAAAUUCAAACUUUUUAGUUGAAUAGACAUAAUUUUUUCAUAAAUAUCAUCUUGCUUCAAAAUGGCGAUCCAACAAAACAUUCAAACUGUAAUAAAAUAACUAAAAAACUGGAAUUUUAUGAAACGAUAAAAGUUUGUGAAAUAUUGGUUACUUUUAUUUUGUUACAAGAAAUAAUUACAGAGUAGUUUACAAAGUUUGAAUUUUGUAUUUUUUGUUCGGUUCAAAGAUAUAAUUUUUCCUACGAAACACAGACAUUCAGAAAACUAAGCAAGAUAGGAUUAUGCUUUAUAUUAUAUUUCUGACUUAUUCUGAUCUUAAUUUGAUAGAGUAAUUUAGGAACACUAGAGUCAUAGUCUCCGUAUUUAUUUUCUAUUUUGUUUAAAACUUCUAAUCUUUAUAACUUAACUAUUUUUUUAUAAUUCUUAAGUUAAUAUUGGAAUAAUACUUCAAACCUGUCUCCUUUCUGUAAAUAGAGCUUAACACUUAUUGUAUAUUUAUAAUCUAUUGUAAUUUAGUUGUAACUAUCAUACUUCUUUAUUAAGUGUAGAGUUAAUAGCUUGUAAAUAGACAUAUUUUCAUACAUAUGUCAUAUACACAUGCUGUUCUCAAGUACUACAAUUAUUGUAACUAUGUUAAUAAAAAAUAUAUAAAACAAAGUA